AUGAAACUAGAUUCGUGUCUCAAGUAUAACGCGCCUAUCGUGUUUACUACUAACAACGAAACACUCACAAACUCCUUUUGGCUCAUCAAUACGGGGUGUUCUGGGUCACGAAGCGUGAAUUUCUGUAGUAUCUACGUUUCGUGUUUUAAAAUAUCUCAAAGUACAUUAAUUCUACUAUUAUUGUCUCCAGCCACUUUUCUUAAUCAGGACUAA